AUGCAGCAUGUUUGCGGUAAGGAGCUGGUGGACAGCAGAGUUGUUUCUCUAAGCAAAAUGUCAACCACAACUGAAAAUGGGAUGGGAGGGAGCACAGGAAGAGAAAAAACCUACAAAAAGACCACGUCAUCAGCCUUGAAGGGCGCCAUUCAGUUGGGAAUUGGCUACACAGUGGGGAACCUGACCUCUAAGCCUGACAGAGAUGUCCUUAUGCAAGACUUCUAUGUUGUGGAGAGUGUUUUUCUUCCAAGUGAGGGAAGCAACCUGACCCCAGCCCACCAUUACCCCGAUUUCCGCUUCAAGACUUACGCUCCUCUGGCCUUUCGCUACUUCAGAGAUCUGUUCGGCAUCAAACCAGAUGACUACCUGUACUCCCUUGUGAAUGAACCCCUUAUUGAGCUGACCAACCCUGGCGCCAGCGGGUCCCUCUUCUACUUGACCAGUGAUGACGAAUUCAUCAUCAAAACCGUCCAACACAAAGAGGCCAAGUUUCUGCAGCGAUUAUUGCCAGGAUACUACAUGAACUUGAACCAGAACCCUCGCACGCUGCUGCCAAAGUUUUAUGGCCUUUACUGUAUCCAAUCUGGAGGCAUCAACAUCAGGCUGGUGGUAAUGAACAAUGUCCUGCCACGCUCUGUCAAAAUGCACUACAAGUACGACUUGAAGGGCUCCACGUACAAAAGGAGGGCUUCACGGAAGGAGCGGGAGAAGUCCUGUCCCACCUACAAAGACCUGGACUUUCAGGACAUGCACGAAGAGGGCCUUCACUUCGACACAGAAACCUACAACAACCUGAUGAAGACUCUGCAGAGAGACUGUCGGGUCCUGGAGAGUUUUAAGAUCAUGGACUACAGCCUGCUGCUGGGAGUGCACGUGUUGGACCAUCCCCACAGAGACAGCACUGAGCCGGGGCAGGCGGGCGGUGACAGCAGGAGGCCGCAGGGUCAGCGGGUGCUCUACUCCACUGCACUGGAGUCCAUCCAAGGAGACGGCAAAGCAGCUGAAGUGCUGAGCACAGACGACACGAUGGGAGGCAUUCCUGCUAAAACACACAAAGAGGAAAAGCUGCUCAUCUUCCUGGGAAUAAUUGAUAUUCUUCAGUCGUACAGGUUUAUCAAGAAGCUGGAACACUCGUGGAAAGCCCUGGUGUAUGAUGGUGACACGGUAUCUGUGCAUCGGCCCGGGUUUUAUGCCAGUCGCUUCCUCAAAUUUAUGAGCACCAGGGUGUUCCGGAAGAAUCAACCUCUCCGAUUCUCCCCUUCAAAGAGAACACGCACGUCUAUUCCUGCUCUGAAGUUUUCCUCACAGGAGAUCCUUUCAUCCCAAACAGACGAGCGGAGCGAGGAGGACACGCUAGGAGGGGCCCGCAGUCUGGCUAGUCUAGACGGCCAAGCGGUGUUCGGGUCGUAUCUGCGCCCCAAUUUGGUCCCUGCAACUCCUUCAUCAUUUUACGACGGCUCCUCCAUGGGAACCAUCUCCACCUCUUCCAUCUUUGUCAACGUAGAAAACCAAACAGAUGAAAGAGAUGAUAUUGGGUCCAGCUCCACAUUCACGCUGGAGGACAGCGCCAUCUGCCUGACCUCAGAGCAGAGCACCAUGGACGUGGACAUCGACAGAGAUGAUGGAUCGGUUCUGGAUGUCUACUUGUGA